AUGACGACAAAGUUAUAUAAAAAAUCAGAGAAAAAUAAUAUGAUAUCAGUAGAGCAAGCAAUAGAUGUAAUAAAAGCUAUAGUAUAUGACAACAAAUACUUUAAAGUAAAUAUACAAACUGUGAACACAAUUGACGCUUACAACAGAAUACUGGCUACAGAUGUAUUUAGUACGAUAGAACUUCCGUCUUAUAAAACUUCCGCUAAACAUGGAUACGCAAUGUUGGCUAGCAACGAGACCAGCGGAAAGGAUGUAAGAAAAGUGUUAAAAGCACAUCACAUGUUCGCAGAGAUUUCUGUUGUAUCUGGCACUUGCGUGCGAGUAAAAAGUGGAGAUCCCAUACCAAAAGGAGCAAAUACGGUUGUAGCACUAGAGAAUAUAAAGAUAUUGGAUGAAUGCAACGAUAAUGAUGACGAUUAUUUUAAUAUCAUCGAUAAGGAAUACGAAAUUGAAGUCUUGAUCGUCCCAAAAGUAAACGAGAAUAUUAGAAAUGCUGGCUACUUGAUAAAGCGUAAUAAGUACCUUAUGAAAAAGUUCAACCGUAUCGGAUCAUCGGAACUAGGCAUUUUGGCAUUAUGUGGUAUCAAUGCAAUUUCAGUUAUCAAAGUUUUAUCUAUAGGUGUACUCUCUAUUGGAAGUAGAUUUGAAGAAAACACUUUAAGACGCAUUUACGAAAGCAACAGGAUAAUUUUAACCUCUUUAUUAAAAGAAAACGGUUACGAUCUCACGGACUUUGGAAUUUCGGCUUAUCAAUUGGAUGCUAUGAUAAAAAAAAUUGGAGAUGCUUUGAAUGAAGUCGACAUACUCGUGAUAAUGGGCCCUGUGAACGACAAAGAUAUAUUAAAGGGAAUCUUAAGAGAACACUUUAAAGCUGAUAUACAUUUCGGUUGUUUGAACAUGAAACCAGGAAAAUCGACGACGUUUGCAUCGUGCAUGUACAAUUAUAAGAGGAAAUUUUUCCUGUGUAUGUCAGCAAACCCAGCAACAGUUCCUAUUGUCGCGCACGUAGUGCUUCUGCCAUUUCUAAACAUAAUACAUCGCGAUUAUUCCACGUCCAUCGUUAUGCAGAUUUGCAUAAAAAAUCACGAGCUACAUUUGCGUCCGAAAUUUUCAUGGACGACUGCCCAAUGGACGAAGGACGAAACAUUUCCAAGAGCUUGUUGUUCAAAAAAUCAACAUCAGAACAUAAUGAAAUAUCAAAAAGCUAAUGUGCUCCUAAAACUACCAAAAUACACGUCGGAGGUGCCAAAAUUAGAUGCGGCAUUUGUACCAACAAUAAACGGAAUACGAAACAAGAAACUUAUCAUUAAUAUGUGCGGUCCUUUAUAUGAAAAUUCAAUAAUGAGUUUGAUGAUAAGUAUUACCUUGAUAUUAGAAAUAGUACAUUUAAUGAAUAUGCAAAAUGAAGAAAAUUAUAACAUCAAGAAUGAUGAUACUUUUGAUAAGGCGUUUAAUAUUAACAAUAACGGUGAUAAUUCUGAUAAAAUGUUUUUGCAUUCUAUCUCCGAGAAUGAAACGAAAAAUAUAUCAAUACAAAAUCUAUCCAAGAGAAUUUAUAAGAGACAAAAGCAAACUAUUAUGAUGUCGGUAAAAGAUGCAUUACAUACAAUGCACAGAGUAUUAGACGAUGAGUAUGAAGAUAAUACAGAAACCGUGGAGACGAAUAAUGCUUAUGGCAGGAUAUUGGCUAAUAGUAUAGAAUCCUCUGAAAACGUGCCCUUUUAUAAUACUUCGGCUAAACAUGGAUACGCGGUGUUGGUCAGCGACGGAAAGAGUAAAAGAAGAGUAUUGAAAGCACAUCUCACGUUUGCAGAGAUUUCGGUUGUACCUGGCACUUGCGUGCGAGUAAGAAGUGGAGAUCCUAUACCCAAUGGUGCUACAGCGGUUGUAACACUAGCGAAUACAAAAGUAUUGGAAAAAUGUAGCGACAAUGAUGACGAUUAUUUUAACAUUUUCGAUAAGGAAUAUGAAAUUGAAGUCUUGAUCGCCUCAAAAGUAAACGAGAAUAUUAGAAACGCUGACUGCGAGAUGGAGCACGGCCAGAUCGUUUUACAGAUAUACAGUUGUAUCGGAUCGGUGGAAUUGGGCAUUUUGAAAUUAUGUGGCAUAAAUUCGGUUCCAGUCAUUCAAAUUCCAUCUGUAGGUCUGCUGUCUAUCGGAGAUAAAUUGGAAGAGCCUGGAUACACUUUAACUUUAAAACGCAUCUACGACUGUAAUAAUAUAACUCUAAUCUCAUUAUUGAAAGAAAAUGGUUACAAUCCCGUAGACUUAGGAAUUUCAGCUUAUCAGUUAAAAGCUAUUAUCAAAAAUAUUAAAUACGCUUUGAAUAAAGUAAACCUACUUGUGAUAAUGGGACAUGCAAACGACAAUGAUUUAUUAAACCCUAUCUUAAGAGAAUAUUUUAACGCUGUUAUACAUUUUGGUCGUGUAGAGAUGAAACUAGGAAAAUCAACAACAUUCGCAACGUAUCACAAAAUAAAAUUUUUUCUAUGCAUGUCGGCAAACCCAGUAACAAUUCCCAUUGUCGCGCAUAUAUUCCUUCUGCCGUUUUUGAACGGAAUGCACUUCGAUGUCAUGGCUUAUGAGCCCAAACCUAACAUACAGACUUGCAUAAUGACAACGCAUGAGCUGCAUCAUCGUCCGAAAUUUUUAUGGACAACUUUACACUGGUCAGAGAAGGAAACGUUUCCAAGGGCUUGCCGUUCAAAAAACAACAUCAAAACAUAUCAAAAAGCUAAUGCGCUUCUAAUGCUACCGCAGCGUACGCUGCACGAGUCGAAAAUAGACGCGGCAUUCGUAUCAGCGAUGUUUCUCGGCUGA